UUUGUAAAGGGUUUCCCACCGCCUUAGAGUGGGACUGUAAACUGUUCAUAAGAUUGCAUUGCGUAGUUUGGAAAGCUAGUUUUGUUAAAAUGACCAACAGAUAUCAGCUGUACGCGCUUGAUUAUCGGAAAGCUGUUUCCCUGCCGAACAGUGGGACUUCGACCACAGAUGCUGAGAAUCUGUUUAACGAACUUGAUGUGAGGGAAAAAGCUGUAAGACAUGAUAGCAACGAAUCAUCAGCUUUGUUGGUGAAGGGAAAUGGAGAUUAUGAAAAGUUGGUCUCAAAUACACUUUCUCCGGCGCGGAGGAGCGUCAGUCUUCAACCAGAAGGCAUGGAAGUUGAAAUCUGGAGUCCUCCGCAACCUCCGAACGGGAAUAGCAAAAUCCCAGCAUCCGGGAAGCUUCUCAGAAAAAGAAGCGACGAGAAGAAGCAAGGAUUCGUCUCAAUUUCCCCCGAUCCCGAAACGAUGUCCGAGGACAUGCAAUCCGUGGCGGAAUCGAAACCGGAAGGUUGCGGAAAAGCACGGAAUGCGUGGAAACAGCGUUUAGUGCAAUUUCUAGGCCGUUUAUCUGGUGGUGUGCUGUCGUACUUGGAAGGAAAGAAAGAGGCAGAUGCUGAUGGAGCAGAAAUCGAGCGGCAAACACUGCGAUAUAUGCCGGAAAGCAUUGAAAGAUUAAUGGCCCUCACAAAUUUCGAUAGAAGAGAGCUUAAGACGCUGUACAGAAACUUCAAAAACGAGUGCCCGAACGGCGUUGUGAACGAAGAAACCUUCAAAUCAAUCUACUGUCAAUUCUUUCCCAACGGAGAUGCGGACAUGUAUGCUCAUUAUGUGUUUCGUGCAUUUGAUCACUCGGAAGAAGGUCAUGUCAAUUUCGAGGAGUUUGCAAUCGGUUUAUCUUCCCUACUGCGUGGAAGUUUGAUCGAUAGGUUGCAUUGGACGUUCAGAUUAUAUGACAUCAACCACGACGGGUAUAUAACCCGGGAGGAGAUGCUCAGCAUAAUAAAGUCAGUAUACCAGUUGUUGGGAUCGCAUGUUACGCCGUCGCUAUCGGAUGAUAACUACAUGGAACAUACGGACAGGAUAUUUAACAAACUUGAUCUUAAUGGAGAUGGUUUAGUUACGAUGGAGGAGUUCUGUGAGACGUGCACCAAGGACGAAUCUAUUGUACGAUCAAUGAGCAUAUUCGACCACGCGUUAUAGCUCCAUCAAGGCGGCGUUUCUGGCGUUCUUCCAUAGACAUUGCGCAGAAGAGCGAAUACGCCAAAGCUCAGAGAAACUCAUGGAGAAUAUUUCUCCUUGCAAAAGCGGGAUGAACACACGGAGAUUUUUCCUCUGUGGUAUUUAGGUCCCAGUAUAUACCUGGCCACCGUGAUUUUCUCUCCAAGCUUUACCAGAAUUGGUGAUUUUUACAAUGUGCAAUAUCUUUACCCCGCCGUAUAUUUACUUGUGAUUGUUUUGGAAUGAUGCGAUUGAAGCAGCACACUCUUAUAAACGCAUUGGAAAAAGUCCAAUUUUCCAUACUUUUGUAUACAAUGCUUCUGACAAAGAUCAGUUUACAAAACACUGCGUUUAGUCGCCGUCGUUGCUAUUUUUAAUAUGGCAACGGAUUUGUAUUUGCACUUUAUGUUUCUUUGCUCCUUCGCGAAUUUGUACAACAUUCGGCAAAGAUUCUGUUGAAUAAACAAAAUAAGAAAACAGGA